GGUGGCUGCGGCUGCGGCUGCGGCUGCGGCGGCGGCAGGGUCAGAAGUUAUUGAAACAGCGAGGUUGGAGCGACUGCGGCGGUCAUGGCGCAUGAAAGCUCGAAGCAGGCCCGGGACCGCGGGGUAACCAGAUCCAAGGUGGAAAAGGCACGGCCGCCUACUGUGCCUGUGCCGCAGGUGGACAUUGUUCCUGGGCGGCUCACUGGGGCUGAGUGGAUGGCACUCUCGGCUCAGGAGGAAGGCGAGGACGUGGUGGGGGACAUCUUGGCAGAUCUGCUGGCAGGAGUCAUGGACUCUGCCUUCAAAGUCUACUUGACCCAGCAGUGCAUUCCAUUCACAAUCAGCCAGGCUCGGGAGGCCAUGCUGCAGAUCAUCGAGUGGCGCUUCCUGGCCCGGGAAGGAGAGUCCGUAGUGGCCGAGGACCCCACAUGGGGAGAGGCUGAGGACGAGGAUGAGGAGCCCUCUGCAAGCACAAUGGAUGCCUGGGCUCAGGGAUCCGUGCCAGUGCUGCAGGCCCCAGCCUGGUCAGGGCUGGAGGAGACCUUCCAAAGCGAAGACCAAGGUAGCGUGGACCAGAUUCCUUUAGACAGAUCGUGGAUGGAUAGAGGCUUUGAUGAGCAGAUGGAAUCGCGGAGAGACACCCCCAGCUCCCCACCCAAACCGGAUCUGUUUCAGGAGGCAGGACCUGGGGGUCCUUUAGAGGAGCUAGAAGGCCAGGGAGAAGGCAACCUUUCUUCAGCUGGGUCCUUGAACACGAGUCUCCAACAGUCAUUGUCGGUGGAGAUGGUGGAGAUGGUUCCCACUGGCAGUCACAACUCUUCUUUGGAGCUGUCCCAGGUAGCCAGCUCCCAGGAAUCUGCCGAGAGGGCACGGCCCCACAGCUCCCAGUUUUCAUUAGAGGACUUCUAUUGCACACCACAGUCGCAUGCUGCUGGGGACCAGGGAACACUGGAGGAGGAGGUGCCUCGCACAGCCUUGGGCCCCACCGUGCUCAACCCCUCCACAUCCUUCCAGCCACAGCAGCCCUGGCACACGAACUUCUACAGGAAGGGCUGCAAGGCAGCGUUGGGGCGGCUGCCUGGAUUGGGGCAGCUGCCGUGCCGCUCAGUAAGCCCGAUAGUUGAGAUUGUAGGUCCAGGUUCUGAGGUGGACUCCCUGGGAAUCUACCUCAGGCGCCAGCGGUUCAAGAAGACGGAGACCUCGGCCAGACGCCCAGCCACUGGCCCCAGUUUCGGAGUCUCUGCAGCAGCUUUCUGCCCGUUCCCUCCAGCCUGUUCUUUUCCUGCCUUAGGCCCCGGCCUCCAGAUUCUCCCUUUAAGCUUAGGCCAGUCAGAGGAGCCCUUGCUCACUUGCGAGAACCGCUUUCUUGAAAAGCACCUGGAUCGCCCCUGCCGCAUCAACCCCAACAUGUGGCCCAGCGCAAAGUGGCCCAGGGGCUGGGAGCGGGAGGCCGAAAUGCUGGAAGAGCUGUGGGUCGGCCGUAGCCGUGUACCUCCGCAGGGCGUGGAUCCUCACAGGUUGCCUUAUUCUGAGCCCCGCAUCCUUGAGGCCACUUCCCAGGUGAUGUGGAAGCCUCCGUUGCAGCCAGAAGCCAUGAAGCUGGUUCCCGGUGUGAGCAUGUGGAAGCCAACCAUGCAGGAGCUGCUCAGCUCUGGCACACGCCAGGAGGAAGACAAAGAAGGCUGCACCUCUCUUCCCACUGAGUAGCAGCCCAUCCAGAUCGGUGCCCAGAAGCCCAGAUGACUAUGGCAGAACUAAUGAAGAACUCAGCCCCCUAAGUGUGGUCACUCCCCUCCAAGCCCCUGCCCCAUUCUGAGUGGGAAUGCUACAUUCCUCUCUCUGCUUGCCAGAAAUAAACACCUGA